CCUUUGCAAAGUGGGAAAAAAACUGCCCAAGAAGUUCAGGUGAACAGCUAAUCAGGAAGAGGCUGUGAGAUACCGGCAAGGACAGGCCAGAGAAGAAGCUGCUGUGGCACAGGGCACAUUAUGCGUGCAGGGCCACUUGGGGAUGAUGUAUGUGGGCUAUCUGUUGGAUAAGGACACCAACAUGUACCCCAAUCCAGUCAGGCACCCUAGCCUGAACCUCAGCCCCCAGAAUUAUGUCCCUGUGCCUCCUCAGUACCCGGAUUUUGCAAGCUACCACCACGUGCCAGGAAUUAACAGUGAUCCUCAUCAUGGGCAGCCUGCAGGUGCUUGGGGUUCUCCAUACACUCCAGCCAAAGAGGACUGGCACUCUUUUAGUGCUGGAGCCCCUUCUUCUGUUGCUAACCCGGGGCAGAUUGGAUACAGCCCCACUGAUUUCAAUCCAAUGCAGCCACCAGGCUCUGGACUGCUGCCUCCAUCCAUGAGCAGCUCAGUCCCUCAGCUCUCCCCAAGUGCACAAAGACGCACCCCUUAUGAGUGGAUGAGGCGCAACGUUCCCACCAGCAGCAACAGUGGCAAGACAAGAACAAAAGACAAGUACCGUGUUGUGUAUACAGAUCAUCAGCGCUUGGAAUUAGAGAAGGAGUUCCACUACAGCCGCUACAUCACUAUCCGGCGGAAAGCAGAGCUGGCUGCAACAUUAGGACUGACAGAGCGGCAGGUAAAAAUCUGGUUCCAGAAUAGGAGAGCCAAGGAGAGGAAGGUGAACAAGAAGAAGAUGCAACAGCAAACACAGCCUGCAAGUACAACCACACCCACCCCUCCAGCAGUUGGCACCCCUGGUCCAAUUGGAGGCAUUUGCAGCAGUACCACCAACCUGGUCUCCUCGUCACCAAUGACUAUCAAAGAAGAAUUCAUGCCCUAAGUCCUGCCCUCCCAUUUGACCACCAGAUGACCUUAUACAGAAAUACUUGGGAUAACCAGGAGAAUCAAAUUAGUUGGCAGGCUCUAGAGACUAAUGCUAUUAUGGCUGAACUAAUGAAGCAACUUCCUUUGCACCGAGUGUGUAUUUUAUUUGAUUCCUCUGGGAAAAUGUGAUGGACUCACUCCUAGACAUAAAAGCAUUAGGGUCGUUGUCAUUACUUUACUUUAAGGAAGGACUUGCUGCUGUCUGAAAAUAUGUGGGGAAAUGCAAGCCUGGAUGCUUGGGGGAAAGAAACAGAACCAGGGUAUUUAGGAAGUGUUUCAGGAUCAUUUGUCAGCAUCUAGCCUGGGCCACCACCAGCACUCAAGGCUUGACUGCUGUGUCAGAAGAAGCAAGAACUGAGUACGAGUCCGGUCAGCCAUUAGAGGUCCAAGCCAUAACAGAAGCCCAUCUAGGCACAUAACAGAGGUCAGCAGCCUAAUGCCAAAUGUAAGACCCAGUUUAAAUUUGUUGCUCUAGAAGCUAAAGGCACUCAGAAAGCCAAUCAAGUGGAACCAAAAAAACCAAGAGGACAAAACAGAGAUGGCUGAGUGCUGGUGAAGCAUGACGUAAAGGAAUCUGGUAGCUAGCUUAUGCAUAGCAAGGUCUCCUAGUGCACCAAGGACCAAACGCUGCUGCUAAAAAUGUCCUCUUCUUGUGUAUGUUUCCAUAAUUAAGUGUGCCAAAUCACACUGAACGGUGCAUUUUAGUAACCACUAGCACUAGACUUAGGGUUCAAUUCCUGACAGGUAGGGUGGCAGAACCUACCAUGAGGCCCCAGAUUCAAUCCCCAGCAUCUCCACUUUUAGGAGAGUAGAGCUGGUCUUGUAGUAGUGAACAUGAUUUGUCCCCUUUGCUAAGCAAGGUCCAGCUUGGUUUGUAUUUGGAUGGGAGACUACAUUGAGCUCUGUAAGAUAUAGGGCCAUAGCUCAGUGGAAGAGCAUCUGCAUACUUGCAUGCAGAAGGUCCCAGGUUCACUCCCUGGCUUAUCCAGAUAGGGCUGUGAAAGACUCCUAACUCCUGUAACCUUAGAGAGCUGCUGCCAGUCAGUGUAGACAAUACUGAGCUAGAUGGACUAAUAUCUCUGAGGGUAACAGGUCAGAAACUCACAGAUUCAUCAUGUUUAUAUUCACUUCAGCUGUUGAUCCAAGGAACACAGUUUAGGUUGCCAGCCCAUUCAACAAGGCGUUUGGUUUCAGGGGUGUAGCUAAGGCAGAGGGGGCCUGUGUUUGCCCCACUCCCCUGCAACCCCUCAGAGUGAGGGAGUUGAUGAAGAAAAUAGGGAGGGGUGGAACUGGGGGCCCUCAGGAGUUGGGAUCCCUGGGUUCUUUGAACCCAUCCACUCAAUUAUAGCUACAGCCAUUUGGUUUGGUUUCUGACGUAUACCUACCCACCCACCCUUUUUAAAAUAGACAUGUAUUUGAAAGAUGUAACAUAUUCACAGAAGCAAUGACACCCUGCCUCCCAGAGAAGUGGAAACUUCUCGGGCUUUUACUUAAGGUGUGAGACAGACGAAACAAUUUGUGCAUUCCCACAAGUCAGUUGAAUCUUCCUUGUCUGGCAGGGCUUUUGGCAGCAGAGUGCAUUCUCUUGCCUGGUAGGGCUUUGAGUAGCAGACUACUACUACUGCUACUAUGGAUAUUUAUAUAUCACUUUUUAGCACAAGACUAGAGAAACAUUAAAAUAUUAUAUAGGAAGAAAAGACUGUUGAGAAUGUAUAGCCUUCUUGAUUUGGUGCAGCAGCAGGAACAAACAAAAAGGUAACAUUCCAGGGAAGCGGAAACCACCACAACCACCCUCCUAUUUUCCUCUACCCUUCCUCCCUUGACUUGCCAUAGGGCUUCAUGGGCCUUUUCUUUAUCUUGCUCUACAUAAACCCUAUGAAUACACACAGAAUUGUAUUUCCUGGAGUAAAAUGCAGUCUUCUAAUCUAGAAUGCAAAGAGAAGGUUGGGAGAGAUGAAGAUGAUGUCUCUUUGACGAAGAUCUAGGAAACCUGACUGGGUCAGUCCUACAUUCUUUCAGGUCUCAUCUCUGAUGUAUAUUUGGCUUUGAACUAACAGUUCUCCCCUUAGAUAAUAAACUACUUGGAUAUUUGAACUUAGUAGCAAAAACACUGAUGUUUAUAUUUCUUCAAUAUGAUGGCUCAGGUUAGGGGGUUUUGUAUAUAAGGUAAAUUUUUUAAAGCAUCUUUAAAAAUAAAAGUUACAUUUUAGA